UCUUAUGCAGCUCCGGCAGGCCUGGGGCUCAGUGUCUGAGGGGCGCAGUGCUCAGAAUGGACGGGGGACGUGGGGAGCAGGAGAGGGGCCACUGGGCCUCCAAGCUGGAGUUCCUCCUGGCCGUGGCCGGGGACGUGGUGGGGCUCGGGAAUGUGUGGCGUUUCCCGUACCUGUGCUACAGGAAUGGCGGAGGUGCCUUCCUGGUGCCCUAUCUGGUGUUCGUGGUGACGUGCGGCGUCCCGCUGUUCCUGCUGGAGACAGCCAUGGGGCAGUACACCAACGAGGGCAGCAUCACCAGCUGGAGGAGGAUGUGUCCCCUCUUCGAGGGGAUUGGCUACGCAGGCCAGCUGAUUCUGGUCUACAGCUGCAUGAGUUACAUCAUCAUCCUGGCCUGGGCUCUGUACUACCUCUACAACUGCUUCAGCAAGGAGCUGCCCUGGGCCAGCUGUGAAAACAUCUGGAACACAGAUGCCUGUGUGGAUCUUGACAAGAGGAACCACAGCUCUAACUGGACCACUCUGCAGAACACCAGCUCCGCUGCCACAGAGUUCUGGGAAAGACACGUCCUGAGCAUCUCUCCAGGGCUGGAGCAGCUGGGCAGUGUGCGGUGGCCACUCCUCGUGUGUCUGGUCAUCAUGUGGGUCAUCUGCUAUUUCUGCAUCUGGAAGGGGGUCCGGUCCACAGGGAAGGCGGUGUAUUUCACAGCCACCUUCCCCUACCUGAUGCUGCUGGUGCUGCUGGUCCGAGGGGUCUCCCUGCCUGGUGCCAUGGAGGGAAUCAUCUUCUAUCUGUACCCUGAUCCUGCCCGGCUGAGUGACCCACAGGUGUGGUUGGAGGCAGGAUCCCAGAUCAUCUUCUCCUACAGUGUCUGUGUGGGAAUCCUCAUAGUGCUCGGCAGCUACAACCAGUACAACAACAACUGUUACAGGGACUGCUUUCAGCUGUGUGUGCUGAACAGCGGCACCAGCUUCGUGGCAGGUUUCGCCGUGUUCUCGGUCCUGGGCUUCAUGGCUCACGAGCAGGGGGUGCCCAUCGCCGAGGUGGCAGAGUCGGGCCCUGGCCUGGUCUUCAUCGCCUACCCGCAGGCUGUGGCCAUGAUGCCCCUCCCUCAUCUCUGGGCCUCCUGCUUCUUUAUUAUGAUCAUCCUCCUGGGGAUGGACACACAGUUUUUGGCCAUCGAAAGCAUCAUCACCUCCGUCUCGGACCUGUUCCCCUCCGUCCUGCGCAGGCCUGGCCGCAGGGAGCUCGUCCUGCUGCUGUUCUGCAUCGCCUGCUUCCUUGUCCAGCUGGUCAUGGUGACAGAGGGCGGGAUGUACCUGUUCCAGCUCUUUGAUUACUACGCCUCUAACGGCACCUGCGUCCUGCUCCUGGCUGUCUUCCAGACCAUCGGCCUGGGCUGGGUAUUCGGUGCUGACCGCUACAACGACAUCAUCGAGGACAUGGUGGGCACUCGGCCCAACCCCUGGUUUAAGUACUGCUGGCUCUUCUUCACCCCGCUGUUGGCACUGGGCACUUGUGUCAUGUCCCUGGUAGAUUUCCAGCCUCUGGUGUUCAACAGGACCUACGUGUACCCAGGCUGGGCCUAUGUGCUGGGCUGGCUCCUGGCCGGCUCCUCCAUCAUCACCACCCCCCUGGUCAUGCUCUUCAAAUUGUCCCGGGCCAGAGGGAGCCUGAGCCAGCGUCUCACAUUUCUGUGCCGCCCUGACGAUGACCUCCCCCUCAUGAAGAAGCAGGGAGUAGAGGUCUGCCCUUUGAACUCUGAACCCCAGAGGUACCCUGAUGCACCUGAUCCCUCCACAGAGACAGAAAUGAGGAUGCUCAGGCGUCAGAUAUAGCUACUGCUAACUUACAGGACAAGUGACUGUAAAGGCCCAGCUUCUGUAGAACACAGCACUGGACCUGGACACUGGUCAGCAAACUACUCCAGCCUCAAUAGAAAACAGAAGACUAUGGAAAUUAUUGUGUUACAGACUGGACAAAUUGCGUCUCCUGUUCUGAUUGGUCAUUGCUGUAAUUCUAAUGUCAUCAAUGGUCUAUUAGUACAGUUGUACAAUGUUUUAGAUUCUACUGAGCACUCAUUUAGCUUUAACGUACUUCUACCACAGUAUAUAUCACACUUUCUCACAUUCUUCUACAAACGUUUCAGCAUGGUUUCAAUGUGUUUUUCUACACUUCACUUUCUGUCAAUGUACCACUGCACAAGUUUGUAUUAAAUACAUAUGUAUUCAUUUCUGUAAUAAUGACAGUAAAAAAUAUGGAUAUGUAACGAUCCUUCCUAAGUAAAACCGGAUGUGUUUGGUAAUAAAAAAGUACAUCAAUACCCGAAGCACCAGAAAGAGAAAU